AUGUCAGACUUACACAAGGCGCUAUUACAAAGAGUUAAGAAAAGAGAAUCUGAACUUGGUCUACUGCUGUUGGAGGAAGAAUCUGUGAGUGAUGAUACGAAAAAUGUAGUUGAAGAAGACACUAGUCAGAUUGAUCAAAAAAUUAUGAGGGAGUAUGAACAAUUCAAGUCGGACUACUUCAUUACAGAAGAAUAUUCUCAUGAACUGUCGACAAUAAAAACGUACUUUAUGAAAUCCAAGAAACCUGGACCGGUCUUGAUCUGUGGUCAUGGAGCUGGAUCAUCAUCAAUGACAUUUGCGGAAUUGUGCCGGAAUAUCACGGAUGAAACUAUUAGCGUGUUUUUGUAUGACAUGAGGGGACAUGGUGGCUCACGUGGAGAGCCCGAUUUCUCGCUAGAUAUGCUUGUUGAGGAUUUUCAUUUUAUCUUGGAGGAAUUUAAAUCAAGACACCAUCCAUUGGGUGUAUUCUUAUUGGGACAUUCAUUAGGAGGUGCCAUUUUUGCAAAGUAUGUGCAUACCCACCCACAAGAAGUCGUGAAGGGUUUGAUACUUUUGGAUAUUGUGGAAGAAACUGCCAUCACUUCGCUAAACGUCAUGCCUUUCUUUCUUGAAAAGCUACCUCGGUCAUUUCCCUCUAUAUCCAAGGCAAUUGGUUGGCAUAUGAAUUUCCUACUUUUCAAUGAAAAAUCUGCAAGGUUGAGCUUGCCAGAUAUAUUCAACUUAGACACGAUGACAUGGAAAACAGACUUGAAGCAGACCGAACCCUAUUGGAACACGUGGUUCAAUGGGUUGUCCAACAACUUCUUAAACUUUCCCAAAGCGAAGCUACUUAUAUUGGCGGCCCAUGAGACCUUGGACAAAGAGCUUAUUAUAGGACAGAUGCAAGGCAAAUAUGAGCUAGUUGUGUUCAACAAUAGUCAAAAAAGCGGCCAUUUUGUCCACGAGGAUUUGCCAAAACACGUUGCUAUUCGUGUUGAGGAGUUUAUAUGUAAGGUGUAUGCCCCUGAAAGGUAUAUGAGGGAUCAUCUCGGAGUUACACCAAAGUGGGGAGGGAAGGUUACAUAA